CUAGCUAACUAGCUAGCACUAUCAACACAUUUUGCUGCUCAUGGGGAUCACGUGACGUCACGAAUGACACGUGUAUUCAAGAUGGCGGCCGCGGCGAUGGAGACGUGGUUGGCCCUGCUGCUGUUGUCCAUGUUGCCUGGAGGGGUCCAGCCCUUUUACGUGCCUGGAGUUGCUCCUAUGAACUUCCACCAGAACAGUGCUGUAGAGAUUAAGGCCGUGAAGCUGACCAGCUCCCGGACUCAGCUUCCAUAUGAAUACUACUCCCUGCCCUUCUGUCAGCCUGAUAAAGUGGUCUACAAAGCUGAGAACCUGGGGGAGGUGUUACGCGGGGAUCGUAUUGUGAACACCCCCUACUCGGUACUCAUGACCCAGGACAGGAAGUGUAAGGUGGUUUGUGCCAAGCUGAAACUCAACGUGCAGCAGAGCAAGCUGGUGGCUGAGCGCAUCCAGGAAGAGUACUAUGUUCACCUCAUCGCAGACAACCUCCCAGUGGCCACUCGACUGGAGUUCUACCCCAACAAAGAGGCAGAGGAGGAGAAGGACGUGGUGAAGGAUGUUCAGUUUGAACACGGCUACAGACUGGGCUUCACUGAGAGCAGCAAGUUCUACCUUCACAACCACCUGUCUUUCAUCAUCUACUACCACAAGGAGAAGCUGGAGGAGGAGGAAGAGCACAACUACAGAGUUGUACGUUUUGAGGUGGUUCCCCAGAGUGUCAAGGUGGAGGACCUGAAGGCUGAUAAGGGGUUGUGUACCCUGCCUGAGGCCACUAACUCAGCUCCUCAGGAGAUUGACCCCUCCAAGGAGAAUGAGGUUCUCUUCACCUACUCUGUCCGCUGGGAGGAGAGCCAGGUGAAGUGGGCAUCUCGCUGGGACACCUACCUGACCAUGAGCGACGUGCAGAUCCACUGGUUCUCCAUCGUCAACUCAGUGGUGGUGGUCUUCUUCCUCUCUGGGAUCCUCAGUAUGAUCAUCAUCAGGACCCUGAGGAAGGACAUCGCCAACUACAACAGAGAGGAUGACAUAGAGGACACCAUGGAGGAGUCGGGCUGGAAGAAUGUCCAUGGUGACGUGUUCAGACCUCCACAGUAUCCCAUGAUCCUCAGCUCUCUGCUGGGCUCAGGCAUACAGCUCUUCUGCAUGAUUCUCAUCGUCAUCUUCGUGGCCAUGUUGGGGAUGCUGUCUCCUUCCAGUAGAGGGGCCCUGAUGACCACUUCCUGCUUUCUGUUCAUGUUCAUGGGAGUGUUCGGUGGGUACUUCGCUGGCAGACUCUACCGCACGCUGAAAGGUCAUCGGUGGAAGAAAGGUGCUUUCUGUACGGCCACUCUGUACCCGGCUGUGGUCUUCUCCAUCUGCUUCGUCCUCAACUGUUUCAUCUGGGGAGAGCACUCGUCUGGAGCUGUCCCCUUCACCACCAUGCUGGCUCUACUCUGCAUGUGGUUCGGUAUCUCCAUGCCGCUGGUCUACUUGGGCUACUACUUUGGUUUCCGCAAGCAGCCGUACGAUAACCCCGUCCGCACCAAUCAGAUCCCUCGCCAGGUGCCUGAGCAGCGCUGGUACAUGAACAAGUUUGUGGGAAUUCUGAUGGCCGGGAUUCUACCGUUUGGUGCCAUGUUCAUUGAACUCUUCUUCAUUUUCAGUGCCAUCUGGGAGAACCAGUUCUACUACCUGUUUGGUUUCCUCUUCCUGGUGUUCAUCAUCCUGGUGGUGUCCUGCUCCCAGAUUAGUAUCGUCAUGGUCUACUUCCAGCUCUGUGCGGAGGACUACCGGUGGUGGUGGAGGACCUUCCUGGUAUCAGGGGGCUCGGCCUUCUACGUUCUUGUUUACGCCAUUUUCUACUUUGUCAACAAGCUGGACAUCGUGGAGUUUAUUCCUUCCCUGUUGUACUUUGGCUACACGGCUCUCAUGGUCCUGUCCUUCUGGCUCCUUACAGGGACAAUCGGCUUUUACGCAGCGUACAUGUUCAUACGGAAGAUCUACGCUGCCGUCAAAAUCGACUGAGUUUGUGUUUCUGCUGCUUUUUUUUUUUUGCCACAUUUUCUUGUUUGGUUUAAAUUUUUUGUUUUCUUCGUGUCCAGCAAACACUGACUUCUGUGUAUGGAAGGAAGGAAGGAAGGAAGGAAGCAUGAGGUGGGUUUUGUGGAACAGUGCCACCCACAGGCAUAGGGAGAGAACAGCAAGAGGACGCUGCCUGCUAGCUCGACGCUCCCCCCUCCGUUAUUGGUGUCCACAGAGACAGAGUUCCUCUGGGACAGUCCAUGUUUUUCCUGUGGUUCACCUUGGACACAACAUGGGCCAAAGCAUGUCAAUUGAAUUGAGUCUCUGUGUGUUUCAGUGUCUGCUUUUUUUGGAAGUUGGACAAUCAAUGAAGUGCAUUGGUUCAGAACUUCACUUUGUUUUAAAAUCAGUUCUCUGUAAAGAUGUUUUAGUCUGACCUUUGUCUCUGUUUCUUUCUCGCUCUCUCUGUCUUUCGGUCUCUGUCUGUCGGUCUCUUUGUGUGUCUCUCUGUCUGUGUUAGUUUAUUUGAGUUUAUAAUCUUUAUUCCAGAUGGUUGGGAGGUCACAUGGUGGUAAUGGCACUAAAAAUUAUUUUGUUUAGCUUGGAAAUGGAAAUCUAACAUUGGAACAAGAAUAUUACAAUAUUCUGUUUUUAUUGCGGUUUCCAUGUCCUGAUGUGACCAUUUCAACCACAACUAAAAAUCAGUAUCUAAAUGUUUUUCCUGGAGAGAAAAAAAAUCUCUCACAUUGAGGUAACCGAUUGUGUAAAAUGAAAUUCUCCUCCGUGAUCAAUUAAUCUGAUGUUGCUAGGGAAGUCGAGGCUUAAGGUGGUUGAAAUAUUAAAUGUUAUGGAACAAAAAAAGUAAGUGUAGAUGGAAAAGUAGCAUUUCUCAUCUUCAAAUCACCUUUUCUAGUUUGAGCUUUAGCCUAGCGGAAAAACGACUAGUUUUAAAAUGGUUGGACACUAUUACAUUACGAGUCGAUGUAAACGGCUCCAUGGUCUCACUGAACUAUGCAUUUUUUGGGGGGAGGCGGGGUGAGAUUGAUCGAUCUUUUGUUUUGAACACCUAGUUCAGUGAGACCUGCUAUUCUAACUGAAGUUAUCGGUGUCUGUUAUCCCUGAGCAUCAAUGUCUCUACUAGGAUCGCCUUAGCAACACAGUUCUGUCAAUGAGCCUCUACAUGGAGCACAGUUGUUUCCCAUAAACAACCUCUAAAUUUAAGGACUUUUGUGUUUCCCAUAAACAACAGGCCCAAUCAGUGCUGUACAAGGUUGACAAUGUGUUUUAGAUUCAGUGGAUAGGAAUUGAGCUGGUCCUUCACUGGGUUUACUCUAUCUGGCUGUCUUUACACAAGUCGCCCACUUCUGAUCUUUUCCCCAAUUAUUGUCAAAAGAGCUGAUCUGAUUGGUCAAAAUACCAAUUAUUGGCAAAAGAGCUGAUCUGAUUGGUCAAAUUGCCAAUUAUUGGCAAAAGAGCUGAAUUGGCCUGCCUGUGUAAACACCGGCUCUGUUACCCAGAGUUAGAGCUUCCCACUGGGGCUUCACACUGUUUUGUAGCUGUAGUUCCUCUGAAGGUUGAGACCGAAAUGCGGAACAUUCUGCAUGUUGAAACACUGGCCCGACGCAACAGAUAGAAUGUUCCUUUUGGGGUGUUGGGGACUAAAAACAUUAAAGACCUUUCUAUCUUGGGUAUAUUUUACUCUGUCUCUGAUUACACCGGCAGCCCAAUUCUUUUUUUUUUUAAAUCUAAGAUAAUCUGAUUGCUCAAAAGAGAAGAAGAAAAAUAUAUCAGAAUUGAGCUUCCUGUGUAAACCAAGGCUAUAAAACAUUAUUCUCAGUGCCAGUUUCCCAGGCCCAGAUUAAGCCAAGUCCUGCACCAAAAAUGAUGAUCCAUGGACCUUUUUAAGUCCAGGAAAAGGUUUAAAUAAAAUUGAGAGCUGAGCUUUCAGGAACAUAACCUUCAGGUCAACAUUACUACCCCACUAGAUUCUUCACCUGUUUUUUUGUUGUUGAUUAAAGAGCAUAGAAACAG